CGACUACCAUUCGCAACCCCAGCAAUCCCUAGUGCGCAGAUAUUCCCUCAGCGGAGGAGCGAACAACCGCCCAAGAUGGUUAAAGAAGAAAUCUCCGAGUUCGAAAAGCAGCGGCUAGCCAACAUCGCUGAACGCGAUGCGCUCCUCAAAAAGCUCACCAUGGAGGCGCAGUCUUCCGGGCUGUUCCCGCCCAAGAUGCCCAAACCGGCUGCAAAGGAUCAAUCUCGGUCUAAGAAAAGGGCGCCCGUGAAGAAAGUCAAGGAGGAGACUCCGCAGCCGCGCCGCGUUUCGUCCCGUCUGAGGGGUAUCGCAGCGGAGAGCGAGGUUGCGAAGCGCAAAGCGGAGGAGGAAAACGAGGCACUGCAGGCAGCGGAGCGCGCAAAGCGUGUCCGCAAGUCAGAUAACUUCUCAUUCAAUGAGAUGGUGGUAUAUGGACAGAAGCUGUCAGGGGAUAGUCUGAUCGGGGUGGACGUGGUUACGAAGGGCGUUGCGAUCCCGUACCAGCGAACAUUCGGCGACGACGAUAUCCAAAAGACGACGGACAAAGAUCUAAAGGCGCUGAGGAAGGAAAUGAACGGAUUGAAACUCUGGGAAGCAUGGGAACCCAAUCGCAUCAAACUCACUCCCGAACGAAUCUACUCCAUGACCUUCCACCCCACCGAAUCCAAACCACUCAUCUUCGCCGGCGACAAACUAGGCCACCUGGGUAUCCUCGAUGCCUCACAAGAGAACCCCGCCUCAAUCAAGCAGGAAGCAGACGACGACGAAGACGAAGACGACGACCCAGACCCGGUCCUCACGACCGUGAAACCACACACGCGCACAAUCAGCGCCAUGCACAUCCACCCCUCGAAACCCACCACACUCUACACAGCCAGCUACGACAGCUCCAUCCGCGCCAUGGACCUAGAGAAAUCCACCAGCGCAGAGCAAUACGCACCGGAAUCCACCUCCUCCGACGAGCCCAUCUCCGGAAUCGACAUGGCACUCGACGACCCUAACGUGCUCUACUGGACCACACUAGACGGCGAAUUUGGCCGUCACGACAUCCGCACGAAGCAACAACACACCGUCGCAACCUGGCAGCUCUCCGAGAAAAAGAUCGGCGGGUUCUCCCUCUACCCCACACAACCACACUACUUCGCAACCGCGAGUCUAGACCGCUCAAUGCGCCUCUGGGACCUGCGCAUGCUCCAGAAGGACAAGACCAAAGACAACACCCCAGUCCCAGUCGGUGAACACUACAGCCGAUUAUCCGUAUCGCACGCCGCCUUCAACAGCGCCGGACAAAUCGCGACGUCAUCUUACGACGAUACGCUCAAGAUCUACGAUCUAAAAGCAAAGGGCCUCUCAUCCUGGGAUAGUGGGCAUACACUCUCCGAGGACGAGCUAGGACCGGAUACUAUCGUGCGGCAUAACUGCCAGACAGGAAGAUGGGUUACUAUUCUCCGUCCCCAAUGGCAACAAAACCCGCAAUCACACAUUCAGCGAUUCUGCAUCGGAAAUAUGAACCGGUUCGUAGAUAUCUACAGUGGAUCAGGGGAUCAACUGGCGCAGUUAGGCGGGGAUGGGAUCACGGCAGUACCGGCCGUGGCUGUUUUCCAUCGGAGUAAGAAUUGGGUUGCGGGGGGCACGGCGAGUGGGAAGAUUUGUUUAUGGAUGUGAUAUUAAUUCGUCAUAUUGGUUUGACUGUUGAGCGGGUGUAUAAUUAUCUAUGUAUCUUUUUUUGUAUGGGAUGGGAUGUUGGAAUAGUGGCAUAGGAUAGAAAGAGGAAUGGUCUAAGGUGGAGUACUCAUUCAUCUAUGCCCAGAGAAAAGGUAGACGCUAUUUACACAUGAAUCACAAUCGU